AUGGCAGAUACAGUCCACAAUUCUACAAAGUCAGAGUUCUUCAUGAAGUUGUAUAGAGUGUAUAAAAGCUUUCGAGGUCUCGAGCUGUGUUUAGUCUCUCUGCGCGGUUUCGUUGAACCGGUCGUGCGCUGUUUGACCCCACUAUCUUCGGUCGGCCACUUUGUUUAUACACUUCUCACCUCCCAUAAUAAAAAUGAGGGCCUUAAGUUUGCUUGUAGCCCUCGCGAAAGCAGAACGAACGCUAUCAAUGAAAAGAAGUUUAUACCCGAGAACAAUCUUCCGUUAGGUUUAGUAAGGUGGAGAAACAAAUUGUUUGUUAGCAUACCAAGAUGGAAGGCAGGCGUUGCUUCCACACUUAACUACAUUGACUUGGACGGCCCGCAAGACCAACUGCUGAAGCCAUACCCAUCUUUUAAGGAUAAUUUUAUCCCUGAUUCUGCGAAUAAAUUACCAUCCAACACCUCCUUAGUUUCUGUAUUCAGAUUGUUUGUAGACCCGUGUGACAGACUCUGGAUGGUUGAUACCGGACUCGCUGACAUCCUUGGUAAUGGAAAUCAAAUUACUGGGCCUUCUAUAGUCAUCUUCGACUUGAAGACUGAUCAGCUGAUACAUCGCUACAGCUGCAAAACUACUGACCUGAAAGAAGACUCUUUCUUGGCCAACAUUGUUGUGGACGUGACAAAAGACACAUGCGAUGACGCAUAUGCGUAUAUUCCUGACCUAGGCGGUUACGGUGUCAUAGUAUACAGUUUGAAACAGGACAAGUCGUGGCGUAUCGCUCAUCACUACUUCCACUUUGAACCUCUAGCCGGAACCUACAAUGUCAGUGGUAUCGAGUUCCAGUGGACCGAUGGUGUCUUCGCCUUAGCUUUAUCGGAGCCCAGAGAAGACGGGUACAGAACUACGUUCUUCCACGCGUUCUCCAGCACCAAAGAGUUCUGCGUGUCCACUGAGUUACUACGCAAUUACAAGAGCAUUGACAAGAACGAGGCUUUCCAUGACUUCAAGCUCUUGGGUGAUAGGGGUGAACGUACACAGUCGGCUGCCAGCUUCUACGAUCCCAAAACACAUGUGCUGUUUUAUACGCAGAUUAACCGUAACGGAGUAGGAUGCUGGAAUUCGAACAAGCCUUACACGGUUGAAAAUAACCCGCUUAUCUUCAGCGACCCUACGCUUUACGAGUUCCCGAACGACUUAAAGAUUGAUGACGAUGGAACUCUAUGGGUGCUCGUUGACAAACUGCCACGCUUCAUAUACAAGACCCUAGACCCCAAUGUGAUAAAUUACAGUAUAUACAGCAUCAAUACUACCCAGGCUAUAGAGGGAACCUCUUGCCAAUAA